AAUGUUAUUGUUCAGAUUGCAUUGAGUUGUAAUUGACAGAGCAACAAGAAAAAACGUUAAUUCACUCAGAAUUUAAUUUUUCCGUCUUGCUCUUGCACAGAUUACAUUCUCUAGCAAUCAGAAUGAACCUUUCAAAUUACUUAGCAGCUAAUCGUGCAAAACUGUUGAAAACGUUCUUAUGUUACGUUUCAUUCUUCUGCUUUGGUGCUUGUUAUACCCUUUUGGGUUCAUCUUUAUUUGAUUUACAAAUAAGGAUGGAUGUGUCAUUCACCAAAGCAUCUCAACUGGUACCAAGUCGUUCAUUUGGUAUUUUGACCGGAUCAAUAACCUCGGGAUUUGUUGGCAUUUUCUUAGGACCUGAAAUGAUCUUAUUUCUUACCAAUAUGAUGGCUGGUCUAAUGACUGGUACUGCUCCUUGGUUUAAGCAGUUCAAUGUAGUGAAUGCAUGUAUUUUCUUGUCGGGAACGGCACUGGGAAUCUUGGAAAUAUAUUCUAACACUUCUGUUCUCGCAAUUUGGAACGAAAGAUCAACAAAUUAUGUCCAAGUACUGCAUGGGACUUGUGGCUUAGGAUCAUUGUUGGCUCCUCUGAUUGUUAAAUCCUUUUUAUUGCCACAAGUGACAAAUACAAAUGAUACAAUUGAAAGUGAAGACAAAAACACAACUGAAAGUACAGAUGCAACUGUUGUUGGUUACACUCCAGAAGACGUUAAAGUUCAAUAUCCAUUUCUUUUUUUCGGGCUUAUUAUGAUUCUUACUUCAUUUGGAUUCUUGUAUUCAUAUUUCAAGACUGAUUCAAUCAAAGAGAGCAAGGAAACUGAAAUAACUGAUGAUCAUCCGAAAUGGAAAAAAAAUUUAAUUAUCAUGAUUGGUGCCUUCAUUUGCCAUGCAACUUUUGCAGUCAACGCUCUGGCAGGAUCAUUGGGACCUGCUUUUGUUGUCAAAUCGGACCUGCAAAUGACCAAAAAGGAUGGUGCAGAUUUGGUAUCAGCAUAUUGGACCGUCUUUACAUCUUAUCGUUUAAUUUUCAUCAUUGCAACUAAUUAUAUUCAAAAACAAUCCAUUAUCAUUUUUAAUUGUCUACUAACUUUGGUUGGGGCUGUUUUAAUGUUUCUUUAUGCUGCACACAGUCGAACCUUCGCUUGGAUCUCAUUCAUCAUGCUUGCCGCUGGAUUUUCACCAACAUUCGCAGCUUCCCUCGGUUCUAUACAAGAGUACAUAUGUAUUACUCGUAAAUAUGCGUCUGUUAUUUUUCUCAUUGGUGCCAUUGGUGACACGGCUCAUCCCUGGAUAAUAACUGGAUUCAUGGAUAAGAGACCGGAACUUUUUGCUACCUACGUCAGCUCAUUAGCCGCAGUUCAAGCCACAAUUGUUCUACUUUUACCAUUUGUUUGUGCAAAGCUUUUCAAAACCAAGACCAAAGAAAAUUUAAAUAGAACCUCAUCACUGAGAAUCAGUCAAAGAUAAUUCUCAUUGUUCUAAAAUGGAUUUUCCUUUGCUGCUGUCCAAAAAGCCCUUCAGUAUUUCGGAAAUCAACAUCAUUCACAGUAGAUUCUAUUGAAUUCUGUACUGUCGUUAAAUUAAACUAGUCAAGUGAAUAGG